AACAGGCCGUGUUACCGGCAGCAACAUUUUGCUUUGUGCCUGCUCGCCGUAUUUGGCAGCAUGAAAUCAGAUUUGGAUUAAGUCAAUAUCUAAAUAGAAAAACUAACAUGGCAUAAAAUGAGGCCAUUUGAAAAGGUCUCUCGCGCUGUGCAUCGGUGAAGUUUUAUGUCUACGGCGAUUCCUUCGGGGUGACGUCACGGAUUUGUUGCUUUAGCCGACUUUGGUUUGUUUGUCAAAGUGCUGUGUGCGUUUCGCUGUUUGUUUCGUAUUCUUUCAGUCCCUAAUGCAGCUUUUUUUCUUUCACUUGCAAGUAGUUUUUAGUUGUAGUCCCACCAUUAGUCUUCAUCCAGGCGAGUGCUGUUAUAAAAACGAAGUUAGCAACCGAGUUAGCUACAGAAACAAUUUAAUAGACAAAUGGGUCGGGUCAUGUUUAAAAAUCAAGCAGAAUAUGCAGUAAUGUGAAUCACCAUGCGGUGGUGCAUUGGUAUCAGGGCUGUAAUUUUACGGGACUCAUAGUCUUUGAAAAUGUUCCUUUGUUAUUGUUUCCAUAUUUCGGCAAUAUUUUUUUUUCAAUGAAUUGAUCCACUUUUUAAUUUUUAUUACCUGUGUUAUUAACUAAGGGAAUGAAAGGCCCAAUGACAGCUAAGAUGGUGACGUGUUGUGAUGCAUCCCUUUACGAAAUGAAAGUAAACAUGAGUGUUACAGUGGUUGCAUAGAAUGUUUAGUUUAAACUGCGGUACAAGCGGUGGUUUGCGACGAGGUAGAAAUCUGUACAAGGUCAACAACCCAAAAAGGCUGUCCGCCAUGACGGACUGUGGCAGGAGGGUCUCCCGGUGGACGGUGGAGGAGGUCUGCAGGUGGGUCCAGGAGCAUCACUCCUCUGGACAGACUGCCUUCCUGGAGGCGAUCAGAACCCACUCCAUCUCAGGCCGAGCCCUGCUGAGGAUGACUGAGCCUCAGCUCCAGAGGAUGGGCAUCGAAACUACGCAGCAACAGGAGAUCUUGCAGGAUGUCUUGGUCUUGAAGGUUCAGGAGGAGCUGACGAGCCUCAAUGAUUUCUUCUCAGAAUUUUUUCCUCUCUGACAUGGGACAGUCGGAAAUGUGCAGUAGUGCCCCUCCUCGUCGAGGGACAGAAAAGGGAAACACAUUCACUUUGAAGACUGCGGACAUCAGGAACGACACCCAAUUGGUCGAAUUGUGGAAUUUUACUUACAUUGUCAAUUUACAGCCUCUCGCCAAACGUGGCUCAGAUUGGGUUGUUUAUUUUAUUUUAGUUGUGCAAUGCCUGGUUGCCUGUCCAGGGACACAGGAAGGAGACACCCCUGUGCACUCAGGACCAGCAUUCUGGGGGCCUUCUGCGGGACCCAGUGUUAACUGGAAUGGGGUAGUUUAAGAAACCAUUGCAGGUUUUCCAGGAGCUGGUCAUAAAUGCAAUUUAGGUAGCAGCCAUACACUGGCAGACCCUGGAAAGCAGUCUGGGUCAGAGGACGGUUUGUUUUGUUGUCUGGUACUAAAAGGCCAUAAAAAGACAUGAAGACAGUAUUUGUUAGGUACUGCAUCUAAACCAGAAUCAAGCAUCUGUUACACAAACUGCUUUUGUAUCUGUUAAGGUUUUUUUUAAUAUUUUUACUUUGUAAUGGAUAAUUUUGAGGUGGCUUUAGAAUGAUAUUUGUAUUCUUAGUGCAUUUUUGGGCGGCUUGGUCGGUUGAGUCCAGUCUGAUCUGAUGACUGUGUUUGCAUGUUCUCCUUAUAUCGCGUGUGUUUCCAGUUACUCUGGUUUUCUCCGUACCGUCCAGCGAUUCUCAGCCCAGCCCCCAGGGGCCUCGAGGCCGUCCACAUUUUUGCUCCCUCUGAGCUCAAUAUACACCUGUACCAGGUAUUUGUUGUUCUUGAUUGUUUGGUUGUAAUGUGCUGGAGGGAGAUUGUUGUAGAGGGAGCAAAAAUUGUGAUUUAAAGUUAUCUAGAGGACAUUUUUUGGGGAACCCCCCCUCCCCCCAAGGCACAUUUGUUUUUCUUUUGGUGGGGGGGGGGGGGAGGGGGUGCCCCAGAUCGCCCUCAGUUUGAACAGGCUCCAGGCCCAGCUAUGGUCUGCCCCCGGAUAAGCAGAGAAUGAAAUUACACUGACUUAAAUAACUUAGGCAGAUUACUUGAAUUUACAAGAACCGUUAUUUCUAUAUUUAUGCUGAUAUAUUAUUAUAUUAUUUUGUAUUUCAUUACUUGCAAAUAAUCAGUAAAGUUAACCUAUAUGAAUUUUCAUGUAUUUCAGUAAAUAAAAUGUUGGAAGUUGGAAA